AGAGGACAUAGAGUAGUGAUGAUGUCUGGUGAAAUCGUCUACUCCGAUGUUACAUUCACUCGGCAUCAGAACCAAGAUGCUGGAGCAGAAAGUGAAGUUUCUAAAGGUGAGUCUCUCCUCCUCUUUAUUCUCUCUAAUUUAUAUCGUUAUAUUAGUUUUCAAACAUACGUUUACAAUACAAUAUUUCAUCACCUUGGGGGGCGAGGGUUGAAAUGUCAUAAUUCAACAAGGAGUUAGUAACAGAAGAAGGCUGUAUAUACUGAGUGUAUAAAACAUGAAGAACACCUGCUCUUUCCAUUACAUACACUGACCAAGUGAAACCAGGUGAACGCUGUGAUCAAUUAUUGAUGUCAAAUGUUAAAUCACUGUAGGAGACGGGUUAAAGGAGGAUUUUUACCCCUUGAGACAAUCGAGACAUGGAUUGUGUACGUGUGCCAUUCAGAGGGUGAAUGGGCAAGACAAAAUAUUUGAACGGGGUAUGGUAGUAGUUGCCAGGCGCACCGGUUUGUGUCAAGAACUGCAACACUGCUGGGGUUUUUACACUCAACAGUUCCUCGUGUGCAUCAACAAUAAUGAUCCACCACCAAAAGGACAUCCAGCCAACUUGACACAACUGUGGGAAGCAUUGGAGUCAACAUCGGCCAGCAUCCCUGUGCAACGCUUUCGACACCUUGAAAGGCCUCUGUAUGUAUAAAAAUUAUAUUAUAAUAAUUUGAUAAAAUAUUGAAUUUGGCCUUUACUACUAUAGCCCAUAGAAACACAUUGAAAAACACAUUCAAAAUGGCAAAAAAAAGAAAGUCAAAGAACAAAUCAUAAGGAAUAUCAUAAGGAAUAUUUUAUUUAAUUGUCACGUUCGUUUAAGGAUGGGUCAGACCAAGGCGCAGCGUGAAAUGCAUACAUGUUUAUUUUAAAGAUAAACACACGAACAAAACAACGUAACGUGAAGUCCACAGGCUAAACACAACACAAGCCUCUACACGGAACAAGAUCCCACAACAACUGAAUGCAAACAGGCUGCCUAAGUAUGAUCCCCAAUCAGAGACAACGAGCGACAGCUGUCUCUGAUUGGGAAUCACACCCGGCCAAACAUAGAAAUACAACACCUAGACUGAGAACAUAGAAAAUACAACAUAGAACUCCACACCCUGACUCAACAUCCUAGAGUCCCAUACGUCAGGGUGUGACAGUACCCCCCCGCCCCAAAGGUGCAGACUCCGACCGCACAAACCUUACAUAACAGGGUAGGGUCCGGGUGGGCAUUCCACCUCGGAGGCGGAUCCGGUUCCGGGCGUGAUGACCACAUUCUCUCAUCCUCCCCGUUACGCCCCUGGUCUGGUCUGGACCUCGGCACGCUGCUUCCCCUCUCCUUCCUCCCACGAUGCACCAAGCCCUGUCUGGACCCUGGUGUGGGAGACCCCGAACCUGGAGAGGGACUGACGUCUGGCUCCGGACUGGAGCCGCUGACCGGAGCUGGACUAGGCACCGGUGGAGCGGACUGCUCUGGCUCCGGAGUGGAGCUGCUGACCGGAGCUGGACUGUGCACCGGUGGAGCGGACUGCUCUGGCUCCGGAGUGGAGUUGCUGACCGGAGCUGGACUGAAUCCUGGUGGAGCGGACUGCUCUGGCUCCGGAGUGGAGCAGCUGACCGGACUGGACACACGCACCACUGGCUUGGUUCGAGGAGCAGGAACGGGCCGGGCCGGACUGGCGACACGCACCACUGGCUUGGUGCGGGGAGCAGGCACGGGCCGGGCCGGACUGGGAACACGCACCACUGGUCUGGUGGGAGGAGCAGGAACGGGCCGGGCCGGACUGGAGACACGCACCACAGGUCUGGAGCGAGGAGCAGGAAUGGGCCGGGCCGGACUGGGAACACCCACCACUGGUCUGGUGCGAGGAGCAGGAACGAGCCGGGCUGGACUGGAGACACACACCACAGGUCUGGUGCGAGGAGCAGGCACGGGCCGGACCGGACUAGGAACACACACCACUGGCUUGGUGCGAGGAGCAGGAACGGGCCGGGCCGGACUGGCGACACGCACCACCGGCUUGGUGCGGGGAGCAAGCAACGGGCCGGGCCGGACUGGGAACACGCACCACUGGUCUGGUGGGAGGAGCAGGAAUGGGCCGGGCCGGACUGGAGACACGCACCACAGGUCUGGAGCGAGGAGCAGGAAUGGGCCGGGCCGGACUGGGAACACCCACCACUGGUCUGGUGCAAGGGGCAGGAACGGGCCGGGCCGGACUGGAGACACGCACCACAGGUCUGGUGCGAGGAGCAGGAACGUGCCGGGCUGGACUGGAGACACACACCACAGGUCUGGUGCGAGGAGCAGGAACGGGCCUGGCUGGACUGGAGACACACACCACAGGUCUGGUGCGAGGAGCAUGAACGGGCCGGGCCGGACUGGGGACACGCACCAUUGGCUUGGUGCGGGGAGCAGGCAUGGGCCGGACCGGACUAGGAACACGCACCACUGGCUUGGUGCGAGGAGCAGGGACAGGCCUUACCGGACUGGGAACACGCACCACUGGCCUGGUGCGUGGAGCAGGAACAGGCCGGGCCGGACUGGGAACACGCACCACUGCCUUGGUGCGGGGAGCAGGCACGGGCGUACCGGACUGGGAACACGCACCACUGGCCUGGUGCGGGGAACAGGAACGGGCCAGGCCGGACUGGGGACACACACCACAGGUCUGGUGCGAGAAGAAGGAAUGGGCCGGGCCGGACUGGAGACACGCACCACUGGUUUGGUGCGAGGAGCAGGAACGGGCCUGGCCGGACUGGGGAUACACACCACUGGCUUGGUGCGAGGAGCAGAUACGGGCCGAACAGGACUAGUGAGGUGCACUGGAGACCAGGAGCGUUGAGCCGGCACUACCCGUCCUGGCUUGCUGCCCACUUUCACACGACACGUGAGGGGCACUGGCACAGAACGCACUGGGCUGUGCAUGCGCACUGGCGAUACAGUGCGUAUCUCUGCAUACUUGGGUUCCUCUAUUAACCCACGCUCCUUAUAUUGCCUAACUAGCUCCUCUCUCCGUGCAUCUACUUCCUUCUUCUCCCUACGAGCCUCCUGCAGUGCCUCCUCUUGAAUGGAGCUCUCCCGCUCUAUUCUCGCUAUCAGCCCCCGUAAUGUGGUGGCCUCCUCUCUUACCCUGCAGAUCCGAUCCUUCUCUCUCUCUCGGCACUCCUCCUCCAGUGAAGACUCCUCCGGGAGCCCCCACGAGUUAGGGAACAGAAACUCAUCGUCGUCGUCGUCAUCCUCCGACUCCUCAGUAUAAAACUGUUCCCACUCUUCUUCCCCAUGGUCGGGUGCAGUGGUCGGGGCUCUUCUCUCUCGCUCCCCGACCACUCCUUUAGCCCCCCCCAAUUUUUUUUAUUGGGGCUGCCUCUCGGGCUUCCUCCUCGGCCGGCGCCUUCUGUGUUGCCGUUGCUCCUCUCCUGCCUGGGCUUCCUUCUUCGCCCAGGGUCCUUUCCCCGCAAAUAUCUCCUCCCAAGACCAAAUCUUCCCCACCUGUGUCCAGGGUGUUUGCUCCUGGGCACGCUGCUUGGUCCGUGUUUGGUGGGAUCUUCUGUCACGUUCGUUUAAGGACGGGUCAGACCAAGGCGCAGCGUGAAAUGCAUACAUGUUUAUUUUAAAGAUAAACACACGAACAAAACAACAAAACAACGUAACGUGAAGUCCACAGGCUAAACACAACACAAGCCUCUACACGGAACAAGAUCCCACAACAACUGAAUGCAAACAGGCUGCCUAAGUAUGAUCCCCAAUCAGAGACAACGAGCGACAGCUGUCUCUGAUUGGGAAUCACACCCGGCCAAACAUAGAAAUACAACACCUAGACUGAGAACAUAGAAAAUACAACAUAGAACUCCACACCCUGACUCAACAUCCUAGAGUCCCAUACGUCAGGGUGUGACAUUAAUAAUGUGUCUGUCCUAUAUCUAGAAGAUAUGAGAAAACUCAGGAAAUAUUAAAUUUUUUUGGACACAUAUUUAACCACUUUUCUUUUGCUCAAAACUGCUUCCAUAUUUCAAUUUAUUUUUAUAGGUUACCUUCAGACGAGUCCCUUGACACUUGUGGGGGUUGUGGAGCAAGACAGCAAACGCCAUAGUGUUCUUGAUAGUCUCCAAUUUCCAUAGUGGGGUCACGUUAGUUGGUAGCCCAAACGGUGCGGACGAUACAGUCAGACGUUGGCACAUCGGCGAUACAGGCGAUUUUGUGAGAAGACUGAUUUUCAUGAUGUCUCCUGACAAACAGCAUUGUACCCCUGCCACCUUCCACCACAGAUGUGGAAGGUCAACAUAGGCGGAUUUGGUGGAUUGAGACGUAGCCCAUGCAAAAAGCAGAUAUCUCUAGUUUAAAUUGACAGACUUUUAUGGGGAUUUCUUGUUAUGUUAAUUAGAUUGACGCACUGUUGCAUCCAUAGACUGUCAAGGAAUAUUAUUAACUGGCUAUCGUGAUGAUUUACUGUAUGGUUGUAUCACAAAUAAUAACUGUGUAAACCCAGGGGCUAGAGGGAAAAUAAGACAUAUUUUGGUUGGGAUCAAUAUGAGCUUUUCUGAAGUGUGUUUGUAACUGUACUUGAGGAUAAAUAUGAAUUAGUACUAAAUGUUUAACAUGUGGUAUUGUAUGAGUCACUGGGCAUCUCUUUUAGAAUGUACUAUAGCAUUAUUAUGUAAAGUGCAACGUUUUUGUCCAUUUCCUUUUGAAUAUAUCCCAUAGGGCCUCAACAAUGGUUCUCCAUAUAGAAUCCUGUUUUGAAGGAUAUGUACAGUAUUAGUGCAAUGUAAAGGGCAUGAGAAGAUGACAGUUCCAUGUAAAGUAGAUGUUAUUCGUCACACUCUGGACAUGUCUGUUGGAUUUCACACUGUGAACCAACUUCCAGACAGACAUACAGACAGACAGACAGCAUCAACCUGUAACAUUUGGUUCAUGGCCAAAAGUGUUUCCUCAUUUCUCUUGACAAUAAGUUAGCUUUUCUUCAGAUAUGCUGAAUUAGAAUAUUAGAUUGGUUAGUUACCCUAACAGUUAAUAAAAUGGUUUGCAUGUUGGACCUUCCAGUCAGGGGACUCUAACCUAGUAGAGCUCAAAGGAAAGAAUAUUGAGAUAGUGGAUUGUAAGAGAGGAACUAGAAUGGGACAUUUCUUAUAGAAUGUUGAGAUAGUGGAUCGUGAGAGAGGAAAUAGAAUGGUACAUUUCUAAUAGAAUGUUGAGAUAGUGGAUUGUGAGAGAGAGGAACUAAAAUGGUAGAUUUCUAAUAGAAUGUUGAUACAGUUGAUUGUGAGAGAGAAACUAUACUGAACAAAAAUAUAAAUGCCACAAGCAACAAUUUAAAAGAUUUUACUGAGUUACAGUUCAUAUAAGGAAAUCAGUCAAUUGAAAUUAAUUAAUUAGGCUCUAAUCUACGGAUGUCACAUGACUGGGAAUACAGAUAUGCAUCUGUUGGACAUAGAUACCUACAAAAAAAUGGGCCUUACAAUGACCUCAAGAUCUCGUUACGGAAUUUUUGUGCAUUCAAAUUGCAAAUCGAUAAAAUACAAACGUGUACGUUGUCCGUAGUUUAUGACUGCCCAUACCAUAACCCCACCAUGGGGCACUCUGUUCACAACGUUGACAUCAGCAAACUGCUCACCCACACGACACCAUACACAAGGUCUGCGGUUGUGAGGCCAGUUGAACGGACUGCCAAAUUCUCUAAAACGACGUUUGAGAUGGCUUAUGGUAGAGAAAUUAAUCUGUGGCAUUGUGUUGUGUGACAAAACUGCAAAUUUUAGAGUGGCCUUUAUUGUCCCCAGCACAAGGUGCACCUGUGUAAUGAUCAUGCUGUUUAAUCAGCUUCUUGAUAUCCCACACCUGUCAGGUGAAUGGAUUAUCUUGGCAAAGGAGAAAUUCUCACUAACAGGGAAGUGAACAUAUUUGUCUACAUAAUUUGAGAGCAAUAAGCUUUUUGUGCAAAUGGAACAUUUCUGGGAUCUUUUAUUUCAGCUCAUGAAACAUGGGACCAACACCUUAGAUGUUGCGUUUAUAUAUAUUUUCAGUGUAGACCGAUACAUUUCUAAUAUAAUAUUGAUAUAGUGGAUUCUUAGAGAGGUACUAGAAUGGUACAUUUCUAAUAUAAUGUUGAGAUAGUGGAAUGUGUGAGAGAAACUAGAAUGGUACAAUACUAAUAGAAUGUUGAGAUAGUGGAAUGUGUGAGAGAAACUAGAAUGGUACAAUACUAAUAGAAUGUUGCGAUAGUGGAAUGUGAGAGAGAAACUAGAAUGGUACAAUUCUAAUAGGGGGUAAUCACCAUGAGGUUGGUUUUAGGGAAAUAAUAUAAUCACGCAUGGGGUGCAAUAUAUGUAAAAUAAAUGAAAAAAAGAACCAUUUCUUUCUUCAUAUCUCUGUAACCAUAGGAGUAGCCGAACGUGAAGAGGAUGUCACAUACUCUGAGGUCAGAAGACCAGGAGGUAGAGCUAGAGAGCAGGAGGAUCCUGGGAAAGGUGAGGUGUGUGUGUGUUACAGUUAGCUAAGGGUUACAUUAAAUACCCCUUAUUUAACCUUAUGACCUUAUAACCUCUGACAUCCACUCCUUUUCCAGGAAGUGACCCUGACACUAGUGACCCCUCUCCCCCAGUGGGGUCAAAGGCUGCAAUCCCGGAGGGAGGGUCUGGGAGUGUUCCCGUGGUGACCCUGGCGUGUCUCUGUGUUCUACUGCUGGGUCUGGCUAUCACUCUGGGAGUCCUCUGUGAGUAUAGAAACAUUUAACUGAACCCUGACCCUUUUACACUACUGAACCGAACUGGUUAUGCAUCCACUGUAGUUGUUGGCCUGGAACUCUGCUGAAAAGGACAAUGUGCAGAGAAAAUAUCCAAGCCACCCCAGACCAGUACAUUUCAGGUUGGUACGAUAGUGUGAUACACAAGAGAAGAACAAUUACCCUCCAUCUUGUCUCCUUGUCUCUGUUCCAGAUUCUUCCAACAUGACUAGUCUUCAAGCUGAGGAGGCUCGCUUUGCCCAGAUGAAAGAGAAUCUAACAGGUGAGAAUAUCAAUGAUCCAGAGGUCUUUACCAUUAUCAACCCCUUCUAUAAAUGUUUGAGAAAAUCCAUAUAAAUCAUUAAGGUGCAGUUUGGCUCAGAUUCAAAUACUGCCGUUUCACUGUAAUAUAUGAAUAACAUAUUGUUUCAUUUUAAUAGGACUAUGGUUAGAUAAUAGGUCAUUCUAGCUUGGACAAGGUUUACUUACUUACCUUAUGGUUAGAUAUGUAAAUAAAUGAAUGUUAUUCAUCCAUAUUAUUUGCUCUUUCAUAACAGGGAAACUGCAUGAACUGCAAGACAACUAUAAGAGACUGCAGAAUGAGAGCCACAACAUAACAGGUAGGUAGUCUAGAGCAGGACUCUACUGACAUGGGACUGACUAGCUGCUGUUCUCCUAUUCAUUUCAGAAUAUUGUCAUAACAUAUCUGUAAUUAUUGAAGUGCUUUUAAAGGCUGGUCAUGACAAACAUUAACACCAUCAUCCCAGACAGCCUAGACCCACACCAAUUCACAUACACUACAGAUCCACAGAUGAAGCAAUCUCAAUUGCACUUCACACUGCCCUCUCCCACCUGGACAAGAGGUGAAAUAACUAUGUGAGAAUGCUGUACAUAGAAUACAGCUCAGCGUUCAACACCAUAGUCCCCUCCAAUAUCAUUACCAAGCUAGGGACCCUGGGACUGAACACCUCCCUCUGCAACUGGAUCCUGGACUUCCUGACAGGCCGGCCCCAGGUGGUGAGGGUAGGCAACAACACCUCCACCACGCUGACCCUCAACACGGGGGCCCCUCAGGGGUGUGUGCUUAGUCCACUCCUGUACUCCCUGUUCACCCACGACUAACCCACAUUCACAUACACUACAUACACACACACACACAAACAUAACACACAUACGCAGACCGACACAACACAAACACACAUACAGUGGGGAAAAAAAGUUUUUAGUCAGCCACUAAUUGUGCAAGUUCUCCCACUUAAAAAGAUGAGAGAGGUCUGUAAUUUCCAUCAUAGGUACACGUCAACUAUGACAGACAAAAUGAGAAAAAAAAUUCCAGAAAAUCACAUUGUAGGAUUUUUAAUGAAUUUAUUUGCAAAUUUUGGUGGAAAAUAAGUAUUUGGUCAAUAACAAAAGUUUCUCAAUACUUUGUUAUAUACCCUUUGUUGGCAAUGACACAGGUCAAACGUUUUCUGUAAGUCUUCACAAGGUUUUCACACACUGUUGCUGGUAUUUUGGCCCAUUCCUCCAUGCAGAUCUCCUCUAGAGCAGUGAUGUUUUGGGGCUGUCGCUGGGCAACACGGACUUUCAACUCCCUCCAAAGAUUUUAUAUGGGGUUGAGAUCUGGAGACUGGCUAGGCCACUCCAGGACCUUGAAAUGCUUCUUACGAAGCCACUCCUUCGUUGCCCGGGCGGUGUGUUUGGGAUCAUUGUCAUGCUGAAAGACCCAGCCACGUUUCAUCUUCAUUGCCCUUGCUGAUGGAAGGAGGUUUUCACUCAAAAUCUCACGAUACAUGGCCCCAUUCAUCCUUUCCUUUACACAGAUCAGUCGUCCUGGUCCCUUUGCAAAAAAACAGCCCCAAAGCAUGAUGUUUCCACCCCCAUGCUUCACAGUAGGUAUGGUGUUCUUUGGAUGCAACUCAGCAUUCUUUGUCCUCCAAACACGACGAGUUGAGUUUUUACCAAAAAGUUCUAUUUUGGUUUCAUCUGACCAUAUGACAUUCUCCCAAUCCUCUUCUGGAUCAUCCAAAUGCACUCUAGCAAACUUCAGACGGGCCUGGACAUGUACUGGCUUAGGCAGGGGGACACGUCUGUCAUUUGAGUCCCUGGCGGCGUAGUGUGUUACUGAUGGUAGGCUUUGUUGCUUUGGUCCCAGCUCUCUGCAGGUCAUUCACUAGGUCCCCCCGUGUGGUUCUGGGAUUUUUGCUCACCGUUCUUGUGAUCAUUUUGACCCCACGGGGUGAGAUCUUGCGUGGAGCCCCAGAUCGAGGGAGAUUAUCAGUGGUCUUGUAUGUCUUCCAUUUCCUAAUAAUUGCUCCCACAGUUGAUUUCUUCAAACCAAGCUGCUUACCUAUUGCAGAUUCAGUCUUCCCAGCCUGGUGCAGGUCUACAAUUUUGUUUCUGGUGUCCUUUGACAGCUCUUUGGUCUUGGCCAUAGUGGAGUUUGGAGUGUGACUGUUUGAGGUUGUGGACAGGUGUCUUUUAUACUGAUAACAAGUUCAAACAGGUGCCAUUAAUACAGGUAACGAGUGGAGGACAGAGGAGCCUCUUAAAGAAGAAGUUACAGGUCUGUGAGAGCCAGAAAUCUUGCUUGUUUGUAGGUGACCAAAUACUUAUUUUCCACCAUAAUUUGAAAAUAAAUUCAUUAAAAAUCCUACAAUGUGAUUUUCUGGAGAAAAAAAAUCUCAAUUUGUCUGUCAUAGUUGACGUGUACCUAUGAUGAAAAUUACAGGCCUCUCUCAUCUUUUUAAGUGGGAGAACUUGCACAAUUGGUGGCUGACUAAAUACUUUUUUUCCCCACUGUACAUACACAUUACACACACACUUUUAUACUCAUAAUUUGCUGCUGCUGCUACUCUGUUCUUCAUUUUACUCUUAUUAUGAUCCAUCCUGAUGCCUAGUCACUUUACCCUGCCUUCAUGUACAUAUCUACCUCAAAUACCUCAGCAUAUUGAUCUGAUACUGGUACUCCCUGUAUAUAGCUCCAUUCUUUUGUAUUUUAUUUUAUUCCUCUUGUGUUACUAUUUUGUUUUUAUUUUAAACUCUACAUUUUAGGGAAGGGCUCAUAUGCAAGAAUUUCACGGUAAAGUCUACACCAGUUGUAUUCGGCGCAUGUGACAAAUAACACUUGAUUUGAUUUGACAUACUAAUGUAAAGGGGAAGUUGAACCCAAUUUAACUAAAACUUCUCAUUUCAAUACAAAGUUCCAUGUUAUCAAGAUUAGGAUUACAUUUACACUGCAGUAGUAUUGCUUCCACAAAACAUGUUUCAAUAUUGUAUAUGCUAUCAUUGCACUGUAUAUGAGGAAGGACAUGGGUUUUUCUUGACCAGGGAAAAGUCCUGGCCCUAAUGGAAAUUUAGUCAUAUGAGUGUGGUGAAGUGCAUUGGAAAGUAAUUUUAUACUUCAAAUGUUUUGUUUGCCAACUACAUACCUUUUGUAUUAUGGCCUUAAUUCAACAGAACUACACUGUAUUCUAAUUUGUUGUAAAUAUCUUCUGUUCUUAGUCCAGAAAGAGUUGUUAUCCUCAGGGCUUCAAGACUGUAACGCCAACCUGACUAGGGUCAAAGAUCUCCUGCCAACCAUCCAAGGUCAGUUCAAUCCUCCCUAUGUACUGUGGUUGUGACUAGAUGGAUUACAGCUACAAAUGAGAUUACCAUACAAAUAAGAAUAGAAUCAUGGAUUCAUGGAAUAUAAUCAUUCUUAUACCUAUGGAUUUACCAUUUAACUACUGCGAGAGUUUGGACAUAAGUUUUGAAGCCAGAUAACGACUCAGAGUAGGAUAUAACUUUUUGUUGCUAUGGCAAUAGAUAGCUAGAUGCUAGCUAGAGGUAGGGCAGCAAUGUGCAGAUAGCUGGUGGUCAAUAUGUACAGAGUUUCAAUUUGAAAAGACCACAUUUAGGAUGCAUUGGCAUUUAGCAGGACAAAUUGGCUUGGUUAUAUUGUAUCUCUGCACUGGCAAUUUAUUUGAAACGUUAUAGUUUAUUUCCUACCUCCACCGGAAUGUGGCAAGCACGAUUACAUGAUAGGAUAGGAUGUAUAUGAUUAAAUGCAUUAUACACUGUUUGUUUACCUCAAUAUUGAUUUAGCUAUUAUUGUGAAGCAGUGUCUACGCAUACAAGCAACAGUUCAUUGAUAUUUCAUCAAAAAUAAACAAUCGCCAGUGAAACUAUUCAUUUUUACUUUGAGAAAAUCUAAGUGAUAUCCGACUCCGACUCAUCAUCUGGCUUCCAAACGCAAGUCCAAACUCUCGCAGUGCUCAAUGGUGAAUCUCGUCCGUAGCUAUACUCCAUCUAGUCACAACCAUAUACUCUAAGCUAUGACAGAAUGAGCGUGGAUGUCCAAUGGCCAGUAGUUCAAUUAUAGGAUAUGUGGUGGAGCUGUUCUUCAACUUGUUACCCAGUCAGCCCAAUUCUGAUCUUUUUUCCCACUAAUUGGUAUUUUGACCAUAGGAGGUUGGUGGCACCGUAAUUGGGGAGGACGGGCUCAAGGUAAUGGCUGGAGCGGAAUUGGUGGAAUGGUACCAAAUACAUCAAACACAUGGUUUCCAUGUGCAUGAUCCCAUUCCAAUUACUCCCUUCCAACCAUUAUUAUGAGCCGCCCUUCCCUCAGCAGCCUCCACUGCUUUUGACCAAUCAGAUCAGCUCUUUUGCUGAUCAUUUGCCCAAUUAUUGUCAAAAGAUCUGAUUGCUCAAAAGACCAAUAAUUGGGCAAAAGAUCAGAAUUGGUCUGACUGUGUAAACGCAGUAUGUCAUUGUUUCUCAUUCCAAUUAUGUCCUUUCUCUUUCAGGUUAUCUCUCCCUUAGCCCACAACUAUUGUGCUCUCUUAAAGGGACACACACAUUUAACAAGAACAUCACAGGAUAUAGAACUGAAAGUCAUCAAAUUUCAAUUAUUUACAUUUACAUUUACGUCAUUUAGCAGACGCUCUUAUCCAGAGCGACUUACAUUAUUAUUAUUUUAUUUUUUUAUACCCCCGUGGGAAUCGAACCCACAACCCUGGCGUUGCAAACGCCAUGCUCUACCAACUGAGCUACAUCCCUGCCGGCCAUUCCCUCCCCUACCCUAGAAGACGCUGGGCCAAUUGUGCGCCGCCCCAUUAUUAUGUUAUCUCUUCUCUCUUCUAGGGAAUCAGAAGGAAUGUAAUGCUGAUAGGAAGCCAUGUUCUCCUGGCUGGGAGUUCUACAAUGGAUCAUGUUACUACUUCUCUAAAGACAAACUGACCUGGGAACAGAGUCAGUACACCUGCAUCCGUGACGGAGGACACCUGGUCAUCAUAGAGAGUAGUCAGGAGCAGGUAAGGUUGGAGGUGCAGUAAUUAAUUGCUAAUGACUCUCACAUAAAGUGCAGACUUCAAGUUAGGAUACAGCCUUGUCUGAUAAAUAGGCCUACGUAUUAAGCAGACUUGCAAAUAUGGAGAUUCACUGUUACAGUUAGCUGGUGUUCUAAAGUGUUUCCAUUCCCUUUUAAGGUUUGAGUUAAAGAUCCAGAUGUAGUUUGAAUUCUGUAGAUCUAAUAUUUGUAAGACAUUCUACUGGUGUGUCUAUCUCUGCCUCAUCUCAGUCUAUUGUUUACUAAAAUAAGUUGUCUCCUCCAUAGGCGUUUAUAAUAGAUAAAUUAGUGAAAGGCACUGAUUUUGAUAACAGCCCCUGGAUUGGACUGACAGACGAGAAGCAAGAAGGAGUGUGGGUCUGGAUGGACAAUACAACUCUUAAUGACAGCAUCAAGUAAGGACAUACAACACACAACACAUACAACACACACACGCACACACACAUCUACACACACUUGUACACUCAAAUACACAAUAACAAACACAUUCUCAGGUAACCAUAGAAUAAUUGUCUAUAUAGUUUUGUAAGCCAUGUUUCCUUCUAUGGGGGCAUACAGUAUGGAGUAAUGGUUUCCCUCCUCCCUGUUCUAGGUUCUGGGACCCGAACACUGAAACAAUUCCAUCCCGUCCAGAACCAAAUGACUGGACCCCAGGUGAAGAAUGUGCCCGAAUUGGUCAAAGCUGUUCCCUUCGAAUCAAAUGUUGGUUUGACUUUGCAUGUGCCGAACCAUCUAAGAGAAUCUGUGAGAGUCGUGCAGUCU